UACAACUCCCACCCGCACGCCGAAAGCAUCUGGACGCCGUGCCUCCACCAGAACCGCGGACAAACUUACUCCAAAACUUUUACGGUCGACGGACAAGCAGACGCGCGGCGUUUCGCAGCCAAAAAUAUUAAAUAAAAAAAUAAAAGGUCUUAGACACACUUCGACAACGCAGGGAAAGAUGAUGGGCGCGAAUGGUCUCGUAUUCUUGGGGUGCUUCGUCGGCGUCUUCGCCACCGUGCUCGCGCUCCAAUGUUACCAGUGCGGUCAGUAUAACGACGGGGUCGGUUCCAUCACGCCCUGUAUAAACGAGACGUAUAUGCGACUGAAGGACUGUCCGCACAAGGACCACGCUUACUGCAUUAAAUAUAUAAGUGAGGGCUCCAUCGUGAAGGACUGCGUGGCGAAAUGCACAGACAGAGAGGAUUGGGGCACAAGGACCUUGUGUUGCACCGAGGACGCUUGCAACUCCACGCCGCACAUCAAAUCAUCGACGUUCCCGAUAAUCCUGUGCCUCGUCGUCCUGGCGUUGGGCUACCGGCACUAAAACGACCAUCACGGAUCGUACGAAACGACUAAAACCAGAUAGUAGAGAGCACAUUCCUCAAUGAUAUUCUAAAUCAUUUUCUAUAGUCUUCCUCGUUCAUUGUUUGUUCUUUUCGUUUUUAAUUUAUCAAGCGACAAGUAAACCGAGUGUCUAAUACAACCUGUAAUCGAUGCUUUUCGUUAUGCGAAUGGAGGAAAGUAUUUUCAACGCCCACACCCCACAUUUUUCAUUAGGCCCUAGAUUUGAACCAUCGCACAAAAGGAAUUGCAAUUCAUAACCGUCAUUUGUGAGUAAUUCAAAUUCCAAAUAAUAAAAUAAAAUCAUUAAAAAUCAACUAUUGACAGUUACACUGUUUAGUUUAAACCUUGUUAACUGAAAUGCCAUUUACAUUUGAAAUGUUAAAGUGAAUUAUCAUUGAUACGUUUAAAAUUGGUUGAAAUGUUAAAAAAUAUUCCGCAUCAAAUAAAAUCAUCAUUUGAAAAUCACUGACAAUUAAUUAAAGUAUUAAAGUAACUCAAACUUGAUACUCUAUUGCAAAUAUUGCAAAAGGGCUCAAAAUACAUUUACAUAAAAUUAAAUCAAUAACAUAUUAAAAGUGUAUAAUUAAUAAUCUUGAUACAUUUUAUGGACAAAAUGUUUAAAAUAGUCCAUAACAAUUACGAAAAUUACUAGAAAGAGCCGAAGAAUUUAUUGGAAUAUUCAAAAUAAGAAGAACUUUAAAAACAACAUAGUCUUGAUCUUCUGAUAUAAAUAUCUUGUUGAUUCAUUUUAAAAUAAUUUUGUCUAUUAAAUAUAUUACAAAAUAAGCUCAAAGAAAACAUUUACAAAUGCUUAAAUUUCAUCUCAAAGUUUAAACUUUGAAAAAUGAAGUACUAAGAUCUAGGAUUGUAAAUUGAAGUUUUUAAACAUUCAUUUUAAUGUUUGUUUUAACAUUUUUAACAUUCUACACCAAUCAUAGAAGUAAAUUUUCAUUCAAAUUUAGAUUGUUUAUUCAAUUUUGAAAUUAUGGGAAUUGGUGUGUGAUUCUCCUUUGAUAUAUUAAAAGCAAAUAAUUAAUAGUCUUGAUACAGUUUAAGGUUGAAAUGUUUAAAACAUUCCACAACACAAAAAUUACUAGAAGGAGCCAAAGAACUCAUUAAAAGUUCAAUCAUCAAUAUUCAAAAUAUGAAGAACUUUAAAAACAACAUAGUUUUAAUCUUCUGGUACAAAUAUCUUGUUGAUUCAUUUUAAAAUAAUUUUGUUUAUUAAACAUAUUACAAAAUAAGCUCAAAAAAAUCAAUUACAAUUGCUUAAAUUUUAUCUCAAAGUUUGAAAAAUGAAGUACUAAGGUCUAGGAUUGUAAAUUGAAAUUUUUACACACUCAUUUUAAUGUUUGUUGUAACAUUUUUAACAUUCUACAUCAACCAUAGAAGUAAAUGUUCAUUAAAAUUUAGAUUACUUAUUUAAUUUUGAAAUUAUGGAAAUUGGAGUGUGAUUCUCCUUCGAUAUAUUAAAAGCAAAUAAUUAAUAGUCUUGAUACAGUUUAAGGUUGAAAUGUUUAAAACAAUCCACAACAAAUACGAAAAUUACUAGAAAGAGGAAAAAAAUCAUUAAAAGUUCAAUCAUCAAUAUUCAAAAUAUGAAGAACUUUAAUGUCAACAUAGUUUUGAUCUUGCGGUAUAAAUAUCUCAUCGAUUCAUUUUAAAAUAAUUUUGUUUAUUAAACAUACUACAAAAUAAGCUCAAAGAAAUCAAUUGCAAAUGCUUAAAUUUCAUCUCAAAGUUUGAACUUUGAAAAAUGAAGUACUAAGAUCUAGGAUUGUAAAUUGAAAUUUUUACCCACUCAUUUUAAUGUUUGUUGUAAUAUUUUUAACAUUCUACACCAACCAUAGAAGUAAAUGUUCAUUAAAAUUUAGAUUGUUUAUUUAAUUUUAAAAUUAUGGGAAUUGGAGUGUGAUUCUUCUUCGAUAUAUUAAAAGUAAAUAAUUAAUAGAUUUGAUACAAUUUAAGGUUGAAAUGUUUAAAACAUUCCACAACAAAUACGAAAAUUAUUAAAAAGAGCCAAAUAACUCAUUAAAAGUUCAAUCAUCAAUAUUCAAAAUAUGAAGAACUUUAAAAACAACAGUUUUGAUCUUCUGAUAUAAAUAGCUUGUGAUAUAUUUUAAAAUAAUUCUGUUUAUUACAAAAUAAGCUCAAAAAAAAAUAAUUACAAAUGCUUAAAUUUCAACUUAAAGUUUGAAAAAACAUUUUAAUGUGUGUUGUAACAUUUUUAACUUUCCAUGGCAACAACAGAACUGAGUGUUCAUUAAAAAAUAGAUGUUCAGUUAAUGUUUAAAUUUUAGUGUGACCUAUAUUCAAACUAUUAAGUGAAUAAUUGUCAUUAAAAAUACUAAUUAAGUUGAAAAAGCAUUUACAAAGGAUUAAAUGUUCACUUAAAGUUGAAAAAUUAAAAAAUGAAAUAUGAAAAUCUAAAAGUCCAUUAAAAUUUUGAUGUCCACUUGAAUCCUGGUUUACGACAUUUAUUCAGGAUAUAUGAAUAAUUGUUUUAAUACAUCGUAAAGUUGUAUUGUUUAGAAACAUUUCACAAAAACACAAAAUUCACCAAUAAAAUCUAAAGAGUUCAUCUAAAGUUUAAUAAUCGACAAUAAAUGUAUGAAAAACCAAAACGUCAAACCAUCAAAUUAAAUCCGAAACACAUUUUAAAACAGUCGCAGCGUUCCCAAACGCAUUCCUCAACAACCGCAAAAAUCACGGAUAAAAAGCCGAACGCGAAGUUUAAACCUCCAACACAAUUGAGCCGCGAUCAUCCAGAUCACAGCGACUCAUUCACGUUAUCCUCCCGACGGGAUAAUUGAGUUGGUACAUUUUAAAAUAGUUGGAAUGUCUGGGACACAAUAGAAAGUAAUUUGAAUUUGGCACGGAGCUCGCGUCAAAGGAAUUUCCGGCAAGGAAUCCGGACUCUUUAACUUUAACGCACAACACGUCUCCGUGCUUGUGCACUUGUUUCUUUCCCCCGUGUGUGCGUGGGCGUUGAAAAUAUCGCGGACACGAAAAAAAAAAAAAUGUUACCCCCCUCGUAAAACUUAAAUUCUAGACGCUCAAUUCGACGUUACGUGUGUACAUGUAAUGUGUUUAAUGGUGUUUAUUCGGCACGUUCGACUGAAAUAGAUAUUGAAAUUAAUUAAAACCGGGGUGAACUGUUUGUCCGCAAUUUUUAAAACGUCGUUCCAAAUUAGGGCGCUUCUGUGGAUGGAUCUUUCCAUUUGAAUUUGUUCCCUCUUAUUAAUUUCGAUCCGACAGUUAUUAGAAAUUCGGAUUUUUUUGGGGGCGGAGGGGUUGAAUAUCUAUGUCAGUUCGAGUUGUGCAAAUUCGCUCUAAUAAAUGUAAUUCAGAAAAAAACCAAUAGAUAAGCUUAAGAAUAAUAAACAUUAAGUACACGUAUAUUCUAAAGAAAUUUUAAAAUUUAAGAUAUGUAAAAUUUAGGCUACUACAGAUUUAUUAAAACUAAGAUUUUCCAAAUUUAGACAUAGCGAAAAUAUAUAUAUAGAAAUAAUCAGCUUUGUUUUGUUAUUGAUACUAUUUGUAAACAAUUCACUAAAAAUAGUAAUUUAAAUGGAAAUAUUUAUUUUUAUUUACAUUUCUGCAACUGCCAAAAUAUAUUGGAAAAAUGUAAAUGUCAUUGAUUUUAUAAAAUACAUAUCUUUUGUCACAAUAAAAAAAUUCAACUUCACAUGUGUUGUAUUAAACUCAAAAAAUAUUACGUUACUGUUAGAAAUAUAAAUAAAAAUAUUUCACUUUAAAUUGAUCUGAGCAAUACUUUUGAAUGAAUAAGUUGUUUAAGUUAACAAUUAACCACCAUGAACAAGUCACAACUGAUUGAUAAACAUUUAAAUUUAAACAAGGUAUUCAUUUAAUUUUUUUACUUAUAAUAAGAGGCUUUAAUUCCAUACGCUUUACAGUACAUAAUCAAUAAAACAUGAUAGAAAUAUUGACAAAUAUUGAUCAUUAAUAAUUUAAUUGUUUUGAUUACAAGCAAUCACUUGUUCGUUUACCAAUUCUAAAUCAUGAUGUUUUCCAUAUUUUGCAUGAAAUAAAAUUGUAUUACUGUGAUUGCACCGAAGCACAACUUUGAAUUAUCAAUGUAAAUAAUUCUAAUUGAUCAUUAGUGUAAGUGCUUUUCGUACAAAACAAAUUACAUCACAUUCAACAACAAAAAAAAAAUCACCUGCUGUAUCGAUUUCUGUAAUACUCUUAAGGUUAUUAUAAAUAAACAUUAAAAAAGUUGA